GGACGAGUCUACUUUUUACGGUAUCCCCCGAGACCUCUAUAAGUACGAGGAGACGGAGGCCGGAGUGCAUUGACGCAGAGUAUCCCGCUCCCGAGUACAUCCACGCAGAAUCCUCGUUCAAAGUUCAUCAUGUUGCGAUUCAUCCUCGUCGUUGGUAUUCUCGGCCUGGCCUGGUCCGCGCCAGCCCCGAAACCGCUCACCCUUGUCUCCGAGCUGAAAACCCCGGCAUCGACCGCCAAACUCGCGCCACUCGCCGUUGCGCCGAUCGCCGCACCUGUCAUUGCACCGAUCUCCCGGAUCGCGUACGCCGCGCCCGUUUUAUCGCAGGUAUCACCGUAUGCUUACACUUAUUCCGCACCGAUCGCCGAGGUCCCGUCGAGUUACUCGAUCGAGCAGCAUGGAUACCAUAUUACCUACUGACUGAAAAAAUCAUCGGAUCGGUAGCCGUCGACCUCAGUGAAGCCCGUGUGAAAGUUUGUGUAGCAGUUCGCAGCUUGUCUCCUCAUCGAUAAUCAUCGUCUAUCGUGUAACCUCAUC